AUGGCGCCUUCUCCACUGCAGCGACGCCGUACACUCUCUACGAAGAUGUCGUCUCCUAGUGGCAUCUUUCGACGCCUCGGCAGCUUCUUCUACGGCGGCGACGAGAAGAGAAACGACGAUCCAACUGCCAUCCAUCCACGCAAAGCAGCCGAAUUUGAAGACGCGGGCGCCGUCCCUGCUCCACUCCAGAUUGCAGAGAAAGCGACGACUGCCGGAAUGUCAAGCAUGAGUGGCGCAGAAGUCAACAGAGGCUCGAGUCAGACCGGCGACUAUGGCGUCCAGGAGACCAAAUUAUCCGCAACUCAGAAGAAGAAUCGCAACCGCAAGGCGAAGAAGAAGAAGCAAGUCAAAGGUGUCGCUCCGGCGGUGUCGGCUGUGACACCGAUCUCACUCCCAUAUCAAGAGCUACUACAGCAUACGAAAGGCUCAAGACCUCUGUUCUCCGAACUAGCCGCCGAUGAGUCAAAGUACAACGAAUUCAUCGCGAACCCUGAAAAGCGAGCAUCUUUCUUCAACAGCAUUUCCGCUCUCACAGAGACCGCCGCUGAGACACUGGCAGCCAGACAACACGAGCGCCGUUCAACACAAGUAAAAUCUGCAGAGGAGCUGGAAUUUGAGGCGGACCUGGAAACGCUGUGUCGGGAGGGAAAGCAGAUGCUCGAGUGGAAAGAGGACAUUGAUGGCUUGUGGGAGCAAGCAGAAGAGAUGGGAGUCACAGGGGAGAAUCUGGAAGAGUUCAUAGGACAAAUGGACUUGUCUGGUGUGACUGACGAGAUGUUGAAGAACCAGUACGUGCUUCAAGAUGGGGAAUGGGUUCUGAAAGUUCCGGAUGAGGAGGACGUAAAGGAGGCAAAGAAGAUGUACGAUGGUAUGUUGGCGGGAGAAUGGCAGGACUUCUUGGGAGUACCCAGUCCGCCGCAGCUGGACGGAGAAGAGACCUUGAUCGAGGCAGCCGACAACCAACUCGCUGAGGUAGUCGCUAGCGCCAACCCACCUACUCAGAGCAGGAUACCGGCGCCAACAUUUCCACUUAGGCACUCAUUCACUCGUGACGGUGUGGAAUGGCAAGAGCGACCUGGACAAGUUUUGCGGAGAAUGAGCAAGAGCGAUUCACUGAGGGAGCUUGCUGCGACACAGCCUCAUGGGACUGGUGAGACAUCUUCAGAGGAUCAUGCGUCAGAUCAAGGCUAUGGCUCGGGAAGUGAUCGGCCGGGAACACCAGCGAAGUCCACCACAGCUGAGCGACCAACGUCAGUCCAAAAGGAUAACACAGAAGCGACGGCUGCUACACCUCAGGCGGCUGCAGAAGGAUUGGAAAAUCUCUCACAGGCUGACAGCCAGGAAAUGAAGCGAAUCCUAGCGGACGUCUUCCCGGCUCUCUUACCCUACGAAUCAGCCCUGGCCUCUCAUCAGGAAUGGCUCUACAACUUCCGCCGAGCUCAGCAGCCCACUAAGCUCCCAUCACCAGUGUCUCCUACUUCAAACUCACAGCCGAGCUCGGAGGAAGACGCCUCAAUCACAUUCCAAUCCAGACGCCAGCCGCUCCUGUCCAAGUGCAGAACACCUGAGGAAAGACGCGCAGUGCGUGUGGCGAAUGGAGACCGCAAUUGGCGAAGAAUUGGACCCCGUUUGGCCAGUGCAGAGUAUGUGCACCCAAUAGCAGACCGAUCGCUCAAAGUGAUUGAGCUUGCGAAGGAGGACAGAGUGAGGAAGAUGGAAGAGGAGGGGACGAAGAGGUUGAUGGAGAAGUUGAGCAGGAUGGAUGAUUUGAAGCAGAAAGUCCACGAGCAGACCUACGGGGAGAUGGAGCAAUAG